AUGGAUUCGCCUGUAUCGUCUCAAGAUAACGACAUCGAAGUCAACGUUGUGUCAGGAGCUAGUAGCCCUGAUAUAACAUCGUCACCUUCUAGAAAGGACCAGAAGAGUCCGUUCUAUGAUCUCAAGAAGGAUAAAGAAGAUAAAGCGAGUGGAAGCGCUCCAUAUACCAGUUUUUCCAUCAGCUCCAUAUUGAACAGGGCUGAACCGAGGCGAGAUAAUGUUCUUGAAGCGGCUUUAGCAGCGAAUCACUUCGGAAACGCGAAUGACGCUAUGUUAUCCAGAUUGGGUCUGAUCUCUCAAUGGAGCGCGUUGGCCGGUCGUUAUGGCGGCUUGGUGCCAACUCCUUGGUACUGGCAACGACCUCACGAGAGAACUCCACCCAGAGAGGAUUCAACUACUAAUGACGAUAAUUCCGCCGGCGGGUCUCCUCGGCCGCGUAGUCCUAUUCGAGCCCCCUCCCCCCCCUCGCCGUCCAAUUCCUCCCCGCGCUCCCCGCGCCUUCAUCCCGCCUUAUACCCCCAACAGCCGGAAAUUCAAGAUUCAGACGCCGAUGUCGACGAAAGCGACGACUUCGACAAAGACGAAAAACGCGACCAAAACUCUAGUCUUGGAAAACGUAAGAAGAAAACGCGAACAGUGUUUUCUAGAUCUCAAGUAUUUCAACUGGAAUCGACGUUUGAUAUGAAGAGGUAUUUGAGCAGUUCUGAACGCGCGGGGCUGGCUGCUAGCUUACAUUUAACGGAAACGCAAGUUAAGAUAUGGUUUCAAAACCGUCGUAAUAAAUGGAAGAGGCAAUUAGCGGCGGAAUUAGAAGCGGCUAAUAUGGCGCACGCGGCGCAGAGACUUGUGCGCGUACCGAUUUUAUAUCACGAGUCUAGACCGACUUCAAUCCCGCAUACGCCAUUACCGAUUCAUCCCCAGUUCAACGAAGCUUAUUUCCAACCUCAAGCGCCACAGCCGCUGCAGCCGCUGCCCUCAUCACCGGUAACGUCUAGAGCGCCGCUGUCGAGUCUAGUGUAG